GGUUGUAAUUGCCAUUGUUGUACACUGCCAGUGCUACGGACUUACCGUUAUCCGUUCAACGUUGUGUGUUGCAUACCUCAUCGAGGCCUAGCCACUUACCGUUUGGCCAUAUUUACCGCAAAUUUUUGGUUCAGUGAUAUUUGAUUUUUGUUAAGUGUAACGCCUGCUGCCAGGAUAAUCUCCAGAAUGUUACCCGCUGCCUGUCUAUGCCUGGCUCUACUCUUCGUCGCGUGGCAUCCACAACCAACCGCUGGCCGCAGCUACAGCAGCGGCCUCAUCUUCUACGAGCUGGCCACGCACACGCCCUAUCUGCCGCCCACUGUGAGCGCGGCGCGGGGUCGCAACCUAGCCAGAGUCAAGUACUCAUCGAAGGGCUCCAUUUGGUCCACAUUUGGGCAGCCGUGUGACUGCCGUGGUCCCGUCUGCGGCUGCUGUGCCGGCCUCAAGGUGGAUCAGUACAAAUUCGACCAAAAAGUAUGUGCAAAUGUCACGUUUGUGCCACAGCUGGAGGAGGCGCAGCUAGAAGUGUACCUCAAUAACCGCCCCUCAUCAAAGUACGGGAUCUCAGUGCGGAAUCCGGCGCCGUUCUGCAUACCCGUCAUGAUGGGGGUGCCCAUGGCCAUGUGCGUCCAGAUGACUGAUGUAACCCUGGUGGGCAACAACCUGAACAUGUGCAUGGACUUUGUGGUGCGGCUCGCCACCACAGAUCUCUUUGAGAUGCACUUCCAGUGCAUGCGAAUGGGCCUCGACGGCCUCCAGUAUGUGGACAAGAAUGGAAAGCCCGUUCUGCCUUCUGCCGAAGCACAGGGCAAUGAUGAUGAUGAUGAGGAGCAAAUGGAACUUGGAAAUGGUUCUGGUGCGGAGUAUGACUAUACUGAAGCAGAGGAGGAGGAGAAGCAGCAGUCAAUUGAAAGUGAAAUUCUAAUGGCCAGCGAUCAAGACUUGGCCAACAAAGAAUACCAAAUGGAGGCUGUCAACGAGGCGGAGUUGGAUGCAGACUCAGAGGCGGAGGCGGAGACACCUGCCAAUGCUGGCGAGAGCGGCCUAAAGCUAAACGAAAUAAUUCAAACAAUUACCAAUUCAAUAAAAGCCCCUGAGGCGCCUCUAACAAUCACAACUCGACAGCCGAUCAUUGUUGUUGGUGGCGACGACGACACAAACCACGAGCAGAUCGAUGGCGAAGAGUUAAGGGAGAAAGAAGAGGCAAUGGUUGAAGGGGUGAAGAUGUCAACUAAAGAGGAGACAGAGCAAGAGACAAUGAAAGAUACAGAAGCAACUACCACAGUGUCAGAAGAAAUCGAAAACGAAAACAUUAGCGAAAACGAGUUAAAUGGUGAUGUUGACGCUGGAAGAGAUGGCGAGGUGAAGGAACCCCCAGUAAAAGUGCAGUCGAAGAAAGAGAAGGAAGCAGAGAAGCAGACGGAGAUAGAAACGGGUACGGAGACGGACACGGAGACAGACACUGAGUUAUUUAAUUUGGUAGAGGCAGAGAUAAACGAUGGCACAGCUGCCGAGGUAGCCAAUAAGGCAAAAGUAGUGACAGCGACAAAGAAAACGACAACAACAACAACAGCAGCUGCAGCCAAGUCGUUGUCCAGGCGCCAUCGACUACAUCGACUACAUCGGCAACGUCGCCGCCACAAUGCCGUCAAGCAGUCUCCUGCACACUUUAUUUAUCGUAAUUUGUAAUUGUUAAUGAGUUGUUAAUGCUAAACGUUGAUGCUUGUUAAUUAAUACGUAUUUAUUAUUUAUUGAAACCAACACUCAAAGCCAAACUCAAGCGAA